CAGUGACUUCAGUUUCGGGCUUGAACCACCCGAGUUAACAUCGCGAGCCAGAGCCUCUAAGACUUGGUACGAGAUUUUUUUUGUUUUGCGUCGUUUUGCUUUUUCGUGCACUCAUGAAUUAGCGGACACAUACUGCAGCAGUGUUUUAUUUUUUCCAUUAUUUCAUUUUUACUUUGCGCCGUGGUCCACGUGUGUCUCCUUGGUUAUGCAUAUUUCUUUUAUCAACCCAAGCCGACCGUAAUUUUACACCCCUGUGCUUUUUGUGUAUGAAAAAUUUGUGUCGAAAAAAGUGUGCCCGUUUUUCGCUUGCGAACAAUUUAUUUUCGCCCAAGAUUCGAUUGAUUUUCACGAAUCUCGCAGUAGUGUGAGCCAGAACGACCAAGUGUGACAACAACACAGCACGACGCUUCAAAGUUGAUCGCUGCUUAUCUCACAUGCGAGCUAACUACUGCAUCGGCUUAUCGAGCGAGUUAACUACUUUUCUCUUCCUGUGAUCGAUGACUCUCAUGGAGUGCGUUGCCAAAACUAACGCUCACGUUUCGUUGGACGAAUCAUACCACAGGAAACUGGCCAUCGAGGAGUUUAUUCAGAAAUCCCUGGCCUUUAAGAAUUUGUCUGGUAUGAGCGGCAUACAGCAGGAGUCGUUGGAGCGAGGCAUGCCAGCGCCCAAUUCGCCACCGCUCAAACCCGAGCUGGCUACGACGGCCAACUUGUUCAACGAUCCAAACUUCGCCAGCCUAGCCAACCAGAUGCUUUCCCAGCACUACUUCAAUCAAACUCUAAUGAGCAUACCGAACCUCAACGCCGCUCUGGGCAAUCCGCUCCUGUUCCAGCAGUACCAGCGAUACCAUCAGGCUAUCGCUGCUUUAACGAUUCCGGCGGCGAUGCCCUCGCCACCCGUGCCUAUGCAGCAGCCCACGAGCCCCGUUUCACCGGCGCUCAGCAGCGCUUCUGCCAGCAGUGCUCUAGCCAUCCAUAACAACAACAACAACAGCAACAUCAAUAACAAUGACAACAGCAUCAGUAACAACAACAACAACAACAACAACAACAACAGCAACAUUAACAAUAACAACGAAGUAGUCAGCAGCAGCUGCGCCGAUAAAUUAAGAAAAGUCAAGCCGAAAAAGCGAGCGGCCAAGGUGGCGAAAGUCGAAGUCGCCGCGGCGAACGGCACCGAAGUUGCCGUUGCGGAGAUCAAAGCACCGGGCAAGGACCGAAAUUUCACUUGCCAAGUUUGCUUCCGGAGCUUCGGCUACAAGCACGUCCUGCAAAAUCACGAGCGAACGCACACCGGCGAGAAGCCCUUCGAGUGCCUCGAGUGUCACAAAAGAUUCACCCGCGACCAUCAUUUGAAGACGCACAUGCGCUUGCACACGGGCGAGAAGCCGUAUCACUGCACCCAUUGCGAUCGGCAAUUCGUGCAAGUGGCCAAUCUCCGGCGACACUUGCGCGUACACACGGGCGAGCGACCCUACGCCUGCGAGCUUUGCAAGGCCAAGUUCUCCGACAGCAACCAGCUCAAGUCGCACAUGCUCAUACACAAGGACGAGAAGCCCUUCAAGUGCGAUCACUGCGAGACCAACUUCCGUCGCAAGCACCACCUGGACGUGCACAAGUGCAAAGCCCUCGCGAGCGCCAGAGCCGCCCCCGGCUCCCGAGUAGCCGCCGCCGUGAGCCCGCCCUUGGCAGCCUUCUCCGCGAGCAGCGCCAGCAGCAGCAGCAGCGGUUCGGCCUGCAGCGGACGCCUGUCGCGCGUCGGCUCCUUGUCGCCUUGCAGCCUGGAUCUCGACGACGAGGCGAUGCUCCAGGAGAAGCCGCCGCUGACGCAAGGCCACCAUCAGCCGCCGGCUACGUACCUUCGACCUAAGCAGCUGGCCUCCUCGAUGAUGCAAGACGUGCCUUUCUCGACUGCGAGCGUGAAUCUGACCUCGGCAGCACCCGUUAACUUGGCUUUCCAGACCCCCAUGCAGACCGAGCCCGAGGACCUAUCGAUUCGCGGCACUGGUCGAAGCAGCGAUGAGACUUCGAUAAGGCCCGAUUCUCGCGCUAGCUCGUCGUCGCCGUUUUCCUUCGUUCAACGAGACGAGGAUGUAAAGAUGGAGAAUAUGACCGACCUGUCUGCCAGGUGAAAAGCGGCCAUUUGCGAAUAGUAGUUUUUUUUUUUCAAAUAAUAAUAUCUUUGUACAUAACAUUAGCUGGUACUCCCGCGUGUAAAAAAAUUAUAUAUAUUUAUUAAUAUAGGUGAAAAUGAACCGGUGUGUAGAUAAAGUAAGUGCGUGCCAUUUUUCGAGCCCGACAGAUUGCUCGGGUUUAUUACUUUUAACGAUUAGCCAUGCACGAGAAUAAGUUUAUUGUCCGCGUCGCGCGUCUUUAUAUUGAAAUUUAAUAUAUUGAUGAGCGGUGCAGUGCUGAUAAUAAAAGUUCCGGCAAUCCUUUUUGUAUUAUAGAUAUUAAAGAGACAUUUAAAUUAUUAACUAUGAAAUUAUAUUAACGGAUAUAGUUGUGCUAUUGUAAAGAAGAAAGGGAGAGAAAAUAUUAUUGAUAACAGAAGCCAUAUUUUUUCAAUGACGAAUACACAUUCGUAAACAGUGAAACUGAGAAUAGUAUGCGUGAAUGUUGACUGGUAUACAAGUUCCUCUGACAGUUGAAAGCUACGGAUCGAAUCAACGCCUUGGCCUCUUGCAAUACUUGCCUGUCGCCCUCUGUCCGUUUGCGAACUGUGCUUUUUUUGUUAAUUAUUAUUUACAUUUGUUUUGUUUUGUUUUGUGUCCAUUCCAUUUGUAUAUAAUAGAUUAAAAAUUACAUGUAAUGUACUAUUUACAUUACUUGCAUAAUUUUCUUUUUAUAUUUGUAAAUAAUACAAUUAUAUGCAAUUAAAUUAGCAUUUGAAUUCAUUGCUGGUAGUAAGCGAUACAGAAACGUUGCCUAUGCAGCUCAAAUGACUAUGAUUUGUCAUUAAACAAUGAUCUUUAUUAUGAAUAUUACAGUGCGAACUGCAUGGCAAUUAAUAUUUCACGUCAUCCUUCCACAGUACAUUUUUUUCGACGGACAGAGUAUUUGUAAAUAUGUAGCAUAAAUAUUUUUUUAGCUCGAUAAGGCCUAUUGUUUUUUACCAUUUAAAACUAAGAAUUUUGUUAAUCAUGCCAAUUCAUCUAUUUCAUAUCGCCAAAUAUUUGUAUGAUUUUUUAAAUUCAAUUAACCAAACGCAAUGAAAUCGAUUAAGCACUAAUUUCCGGUUUCUGUGAUUUUUAUCAUUAUGAACGUUAACCAAAAUUAGACGUUGAAUCUGCGUGUAAUUUGGAUAAUUAUAGUCUUAUUAAUUUCAAAAGAAAAUAACAAUAAUAGGAUAAAUAAUCAAAAUCUAUAUACCAAAUUUCUUGUGAUGGAAAGGUGGAUGCAUAUUUUUGUUACAAUUUCAAACGAGUCAAAAAUACACUUCGAUUUGUUUAUAAA